AUGGCAGACGCAAAUACUUCGCUUGCGCAGGAAACUGCAAACCUGCACCUCGACGAGGUCACCGGCGAAAGAGUCUCCAAGUCAGAAUUGAAGAAGAGACAGAAGCAAAGACAACAGGAGGAAAAGAAGAAGGAGAGGGCCGCCGCUGCACCUCCCAAGCCUGAAAAGAAGGCCGCGAGCGCGGAAAUGGACGAAAGCAACCUCAAUCCCAAUCAAUACUUCGAGAUCCGGAGUGGACGAGUCAACCGCAUGCGAGAAACCAAGGACCCAAACCCUUAUCCUCACAAGUUCCAAGUCAAUACCGACAUCCCCAAGUUCCUCGCAGAAUAUGCCGACCUCAAGCCCGGCGAGCAGAAGAAGGAUGUGGAGAUUCGAGUCGCUGGCAGAGUCUACACGAAGAGAACAUCUGGCUCCAAGCUGGUCUUUUACGACAUCAGAGGAGCAGGCACCAAGGUUCAAAUCAUGUGUCAAGCACAAGAGGUCAAGAGCGAUGUCAGUUUCGAAGCACAACACGAACACCUCCGUCGAGGCGAUAUCAUCGGCAUUGUGGGAUUCCCAGGUCGGACAUCGCCCAAGAACAGACCCAACGACGGCGAACUGUCCGUCUUUGCAACAGAAGUCACCCUCCUUACGCCCUGCCUGCAUCAAAUCCCUUCGGAACAUUUUGGUCUCCAAGACGUCGAAACUCGCUUCCGCCAACGAUAUCUCGACUUACUUAUCAACGACCGCUCCCGUAAGAUCCUCCUCACCCGAGCCAAGAUCGUCUCAUACAUUCGCAACUACUUCGACUCGAAUGGCUUCGUCGAGGUUGAAACGCCCAUGAUGAACUCAAUCGCAGGCGGUGCCACGGCCAAGCCCUUCAUCACGCAUAUCAACGAGUACGACACGGACAUGUUCAUGCGUAUCGCCCCAGAGCUGUAUCUCAAGAUGCUCGUGGUUGGCGGCAUCGAGCGUGUGUACGAACUCGGCAAGCAAUUCCGCAACGAAGGUGCCGAUCUCACGCACAACCCCGAGUUCACGACCUGCGAAUUCUACGAGGCCUACGCGGACGUCUACGACGUCAUGGACCGCACCGAAGAGCUUGUGUCUGGACUCGUCAAGGAGGUCACUGGCGGGCACAAGACGACCUUCCACACCCAGUCUGGCGAGACAUACGACGUGGACUGGUCGCGUCCCUGGAAGCGUAUUGAAAUGAUCCCUGCCCUCGAAGAAGCGACGGGCGAGAAGUUCCCACCCGGUGACCAGCUCCAUACCGCCGAGACCAACGAGUUCUUCAAGCGUCUCUUGAAGAAGGUCAAUGUCGUGUGCCCGCCGCCCGAGACCAACGCUCGUAUGCUCGACAAGCUGGUCGGCGAGUUUAUUGAGGAGAAGUGCAUCAACCCGACCUUCAUCACGGGUCAUCCGCAGAUGAUGUCUCCAUUGGCCAAGUACCAUCGCUCCCAAGCCGGCAUCUGCGAGCGGUUCGAGGCCUUUGUGUGCAAGAAGGAGAUUGUCAACGCAUACACCGAGUUGAACGACCCGUUCGACCAGCGCCUGCGAUUCGAGGAGCAAGCCCGCCAAAAGGCCCAAGGCGACGACGAGGCGCAAAUGGUCGACGAGAACUUCUGCACGGCCCUCGAGUUCGGUCUGCCUCCAACGGGUGGCUGGGGCAUGGGUAUCGAUCGGAUGGUCAUGUUCUUGACCGACAACUACACUAUCCGCGAGGUGCUGGCGUUCCCGUUCAUGAAGGAAGAGAAGAACACUGGAACGGACAAGCAAUUUGCUGCCGAAGUGGUCGGGAUCGAGCCAAUGCCCGAAGAGGAUGUGAGCGUUGCUCAUUGA